AUGCCGGCUCUAGAUAAAACGCCAAAGACGCUGUACGACAAGGUCUUCAGGGAUCAUAUCGUCAACGAACAGAAAGAUGGCACAAUCCUGUUGUAUAUAGAUAGACAUCUUGUGCAUGAGGUUACGUCGCCACAAGCUUUUGAAGGCCUGAAGAACGCUGGACGGAAGGUUAGGAGGCCAGACUGCACAUUGGCAACAGUUGAUCACAACAUCCCUACGACCUCCCGCGAAACAUACAAGAAUGUUGCAGGAUUCGUGCAAGAGGCCGAUUCUCGGAUACAAUGCAUGACGCUGGAAGACAACAUCAAGGACUUCGGCAUCACCUACUUUGGGUUGGGAGACAAGAGACAAGGCAUCGUUCACAUCAUUGGCCCCGAACAAGGGUUCACUCUACCUGGUACCACCGUUGUCUGUGGUGACAGCCAUACCUCUACCCAUGGAGCAUUCGGCGCAUUGGCGUUCGGUAUCGGCACCAGCGAGGUCGAACAUGUUCUUGCAACUCAGACCUUGAUCACCAAGAGAAGUAAGAACAUGCGUGUACAGGUAGAUGGGGAGCUUCCACCAGGCGUCAGCAGUAAGGACAUAGUCCUGUACGUGAUCGGUGUGAUCGGAACUGCGGGCGGUAAUGGAGCUGUCAUCGAGUUCUGUGGAUCUGCUAUACGAGGACUCAGCAUGGAAGCACGCAUGUCAAUCUGCAAUAUGUCUAUCGAAGCCGGUGCCAGAGCUGGUAUGAUUGCGCCUGAUGAAAUCACAUUCGAGUACUUAAAGGGCAGACCUCUCGCGCCAAAGUACGACAGCCCAGAAUGGAAGAAGGCAGUAGCCUACUGGUCAAGCUUGAAAUCAGACGACGGUGCUGUUUACGAUAGGGAGGUCGUCAUUGAUGCAAAGGAUAUCGUGCCAACGAUAUCUUGGGGCACGUCGCCUCAGGACGUUGUUCCAAUCACCGGUGUCGUCCCUGGCCCCGAUGAUUUCACGGACGAGGUCAAGAAAGCAAGCUGCCGUCGGGCCCUGGAGUAUAUGGGUCUCACCGCCGGUACACGAAUGGAGGAUAUCCCAGUCGACAAGGUCUUUAUUGGUUCCUGCACGAAUGCACGAAUUGAGGAUCUUCGGGUUGCUGCUCAUAUUGUGGAAGGCAAGAAAAUUGUCUCAAAUAUCAUGCGUGCAAUGAUUGUUCCUGGAUCCGGCUUGGUCAAGCGACAGGCUGAAUCCGAAGGUCUUGACAAGAUAUUUCUUGAUGCUGGAUUCGAGUGGAGGGAAGCGGGAUGCUCCAUGUGUCUCGGUAUGAACCCGGAUAUCCUCUCGCCUAGAGAAAGAUGCGCCAGUACAUCGAACAGAAACUUCGAAGGCCGACAGGGAGCCGCUGGCCGAACACAUCUGAUGUCCCCUGCCAUGGCAGCCGCCGCCGCUAUAGUCGGAAAGCUCGCUGAUGUACGCAAGAUUGCAUCAACAAUCCCAACGACACAAAAGAAGUCCUCGCCGAAACUCGAAAUUCAUGCCGACGUGGACGAUGAGGACGAGCUCGACCGGAUUCUUGACUACCCCGAAGAUAAUGAGCCUCAUACCAACACUACUGCGGAGAAGACAUCGGCCGGGCUACCCAAGUUUACCACCCUCAAGGGAAUCACCGCAUUCCUGGACCGGGCGAACGUUGACACCGAUGCCAUCAUCCCCAAACAGUUCCUCAAGACAAUCAAGCGCACUGGCCUUGGAAGUGCCCUGUUCCAUCCUCUCCGAUAUAACGAAGACGAAUCAGAAAACCCCAACUUUGUCCUUAACAAGGAGCCAUACCGCAACGCUAAGAUCCUCGUCAGCGGCGAGAACUUUGGAUGUGGGAGUUCUCGUGAACAUGCCCCCUGGGCCCUGCUUGAUUUUGGCAUAAAGUGUAUAAUUGCACCAUCAUUUGCAGACAUUUUCUUCAACAACACAUUCAAGAACGGGAUGCUCCCCAUCGCUAUCCCCGAUGAGAAAAUCCUCAAGAAACUAGCUGCUGAGGCCGAUGCCGGUCACGAAUUGGAAGUCGACCUGGUCAACCAACGCAUCAAUGACGCUGCCGGCAACAAGCUUGCAGAGUUCGAAGUCGAGGAGUUCCGAAAACACUGCCUAGUCAACGGCCUCGAUGACAUCGGCUUAACCAUGCAGAUGGAAGGCAUGAUCCGCAAGUUCGAGGGUCAGCGGACACGCGACACCCCCUGGUUGGAUGGAAGCGGAUACCUGAAGCGGAAAAACGGGCAAACAGGGCCUGUCAUGGUAGAAGCUGCUCCCGUUCCCAAGACAAACAGGGGCGAGGUCAAGGGUGAACCACUGGAAUGGUGA